AUGCCAGCUGGGAGCUUUAUGCCCUGGCAAUACAUGCUGCCCAUAAACUCGGGCGCCAGCCACAAGUACUACAUCACAAUUGUCAAUCUGACUCCGUACCGCUUCGUCAAGACGAGUCAGAAUUCGUACCAGUUUGACGUAUUUGACUUUGGCGAUAUCCCAUCCGGAAAGGCGAGACAAAACACAAUGACUUACACGAAUAGAGUCGGAGCAAAUCCUGUCGAUGACAACGGCGAAGCUUACUACCAACUCCAGGGAACAGGAAAGACGUUCACGAUCCGCGGGACCACGCACAUCCCAGGGUCCUACCCCAUGCGCACUGUCGUCGACCUCACGGGGAUGGGGCUGGGCCAGCGAGAGUACGGGGACCCAGCGCCAGAAGCGUCCGUCACCUUGGUGAUCACGGGGAGCGAGCAAUAUGGCUACAUCACGUCCCUUGACUUUGGGCAGCAGAACAACUGGAUGCGGCAGCUGUACGACGUGAUCAAGGACCGGCAGCUGCGGCACGUCGUCGUGCCUGGGUCGCACGACGCCGGCAUGGGAACCAUCAGCCAAGCCUGGAUCGGGCUCGGCAGCUCGCCCAACACGCAGACCCAGGGACUCAACACGUACGACCAGCUACGAGCGGGAUCACGUUGGUUUGACAUGCGGCUCGUGAGCGUGAACGGCGGCGACUUCUGGGCCGCCCACGUCAACGACGAGACCAGCAACACCCCCGUCGGCGCGACCGGAGAAGCCGUCAAUGACAUCAUCGCCGGGAUCAACCGCUUCACGCAGGGGAGUCCGGGCGAGGUCAUCAUCCUAUGGGUGCGGUACCUAGUCAACCUCGACAGCAGCAUCGACGGCAGGACGCGGUACUGGAGCGCCGCCAAGGCCAACGAGUUCUAUACUAAGCUCGAGAGCAUCAACAACCGAUGCACCAGCGGCCUGGACAAGACGACCAAGUUCGACCGGUUGGCAGCCCAGAAGUUCCUCGACCAGAAUGGCGGCAAGGGCUGCGUGCUGAUCAUGACCGACGGCCGGCUGCAGGCCGGCGUGCCGACGGAGCGUCCGGCGUCGGGUAUCUUCCACGGGCCUGACUGGAUGGAUCGCGACGACUUCUGGGCCGAUAAGGGCGACACGGCGUCGCUGGCGGCGGCGCAGGUGGCGCACAUGACGGGCACGCGGCGCGACGGCGGCGGCGGCGACAGCUUCCUGAUCACGCAGUGGCAGUGCACGCCGGACGUGGUCACGGCCACGCUGUACGGCCUGUCUAGCAUCGCCAUCCUGCCCACGAACCCGUCGCUGUACUGGGCCGCCGUGAACUCCAUGAGCCCCGAGGCCUGGCCGACGGUGAUCCUGCAGGACUACCUCGGCCUGAUCCACACCGGCGAGAGCGCCUUCCCUGGCCAGCUCGGCGCCGAGGCCCGUGUACUUGCCAUGGGCCUCAACCUCUACAUGGCCAGCCAGAACUGCGAUGUUAGUAGCCGCAGGAACCCGCUCCUCAAGAAUCGUGUUGCUGCCGCUUCUGUUGUUGCUUCUACCGCUUCAGCCGCCAAGGCCUUCGUUGCGCCCGCCGCGGACGCGCCGUUCACUGGCGUCAUCUACGCCAACGGCACCGUGGACCGGGCUCCGGCGCCCGGCUUCCACUUGGGCCGGCCAGCCGUGUUGAAGAAUGGCACCGUGCUUGGGAACGGUACUGUCUUGUCCGGGGACAGGCAGAACCCGCACUUCAGCUCCAAGCUGUAUUGA